AUGUCCGCUCCAACAUCGGGUGAUAUCCGUCCUACCCCAGGUGACGACAACAAGAUCCAAGAACAUGUUCUUGUCCAGCAGAGCUCUCCAGAUGCGAAUCACGAGCAUGACGCCGAAAGUCUCCAGGAUGGAGUCAAGAGAGCGGAAAUGCUGCGGAAAGGUUGGACCAAACAGGGCCUCAUCAUGGCCUUUGUAGGGCAAGUAAGAUCAAUUGACUGUUCUCUACCGAAUGCCCUACUAAUGCACCCGUCUAGCCUCUUUCUAGCUACUCUGGCAAUCAAUUUCGGCGACUAUUCCACCCAGGUCUAUACCGCAUAUACCACCAGCGCGUUCAAGCAGCAUUCCGCCAUGAGCGCCGCUCGCGUCGUCAUGAACAUUACCCGUAUCUCGGCCUAUCCAAUUAUUGCAAAACUCGGAGAUGUCUUUGGGAGAGCGGAAAUGUUCACCCUCUCCAUUGUGACCUCAACGCUGGGCUACGUGAUCUACGCGGCCUGCCAAAACAUUGCUCAAUACAUGGUGGCCGGCAUUUUUGAAGCCGUUGGGUCGACCGGCUACGCCCUCACCCAGCAGGUAUUCGUGGCGGACGUGACCAACCUCAUCAACCGAGGCAUCUGGUCGACGCUGCCGGAUUCCAUCACCACUGUCCCAACUCUAUAUCUGGGCACCAUAGUCGCAGAGCGCAUUCUCACCCAUUCAACCUGGCGCUGGGGAUGGGGAAUGUGGGCGAUUAUCCUCCCGGUCUGCGCGGCGCCGCUGAUCGGGACCAUGCUGGUAUACCAGCAUCGACUUGCAUCGAGGUCCCCACAGCCCAUCCUGACAGAACACAGAAGCCCCGGGCCAUGGUGGAAGCGAGUGUUCAACCUCCUCUGGUUCGAGCUAGACCUCCCGGGAGGCAUUCUCCUCGUGCUCGGUCUCUCCCUGCUGCUGAUCCCGCUGUCCCUGACCGGCUCGAACAACAGCGCGGCCUGGCACAAGGGCAACUUCAUCGCCAUGCUGGUCCUGGGCGUGGUUUUCCUCAUCGCCUUCCUCGUCUGGGACGCGUGGUUCGCAAAGAAGCCCUUCGUGCCGUACCGCAUGGUCAAGAACCGCACCGUAGCGGCCGCCUGUCUCCUCGGUGCGCUGGACUUCUUCCACUACUCGGUGUUUUCCAUCUUCUUCCCCAGCUACCUGCAGGUCGCUGCGCAUUUCAGCCCUGGAAAGGCCACUCGCGUCGAUAACUCGCUGCGCGUCGCCUUCCAGGUCGCAGGUAUCUUCGUCGCCUUCUUCAUGAAAUACACCAAGCGCUCCCAGAUCUGGGUACUGACUGGCGUGCCCCUCUGCGUGCUCGGGAUGGGUGUGUUGCUCUACCUCGUCGACAUGGGCGACGGUCAGACCGGCAACGAGGCCGCCUUCGUGACGGCCAAAUCGCUCAUCGGAAUCGGCCGCGGUUUCUACCAGACCGCGUCGCAGGUGUCGGUGCAGGCCGUCGUCGCGCGGCAGGACGUGUCGGUCGUGACGGCCGUGUUUUUUGCCUCGAUGAGUAUCGGAGGGGCUAUUGGGACUAGUGUGGCCGGGGCAAUCUGGAGAAGCGCCCUCCCGCGCAAACUGCAGCAAUACUUGCCCGAUGAGGCGAAGGACAAGGCCAAGUCUAUCUUUGGUUCUAUUGUUGUGGCGCAAAAGUACCCGCAGGGUAGUCCCGUGCGCGAGGCGAUCGAUCGCAGCUACCGCGAGUCGCAGCGGUUGCUGGCCAUUGCGGCGCUGGCGGCUCUUGCGCCGAUGCUGGUGGUCAUGUUCUUCUUGCAGAAUGUGAAGCUUGACGAGCGGCAGGAUGUAAUCGAGACGGAUGAGCCCAAGAAGAAGAUCAGUGUGGAGGUCAAGUGA